AUGGUCGCUCCAGAAUCAACAAGUACGGAAAAUGCUGGAGCAGAUUCUGACAAAGUUGCAGAGGACGUAUUGGAGCAAAAUGCACCUCAAGUGAGUGGAAUGGCGCCCGUUCAAGCUCAUCCAGGAUACGCUCAGCCUCAGCCUGGUUACGCACCAGCUCCUCAGCCAGGCUAUGCUCCAGCUCAGCAGCCAGGGUAUGCCCCGGCGCCGCAACUUGGCUAUGCUCCUCAACCUGGUUAUGCCCCUGCUCCUCAAGUUGAUGCUUAUGGACAGCCUCUUCCUCAACAAGCUCCAGUUCCUCAACCUGGAUAUGGCUCAGCUCAGCCCAUUCCUCAACAAGCGCCGAUUACUCAACAAGCACCGGUACUUCAACCUGGCAAUGUACCUGCUCCUCAAUAUGAUGCGUAUGGGCAACCAAUUCCUCAACAAGCACCAGUUCCUCAACCUGGAUAUGCACCUGCUCCUCAAGUCGAUGCGUAUGGGCAACCGAUUCCUCAACAAGCACCUGUUCAGCCUGGCUAUGCUCCUGCUCCUCAAGUCGAUGCAUACGGAAAUCCGAUCCAACAACAAGUAGCUCCUGUUCAACCAGUUCAACCAAUUCCUCCUGUUGCUCCUCAACAAAAUGUUGGCUGGGCACCUGAGCCAGAAAAUAUUCCAGAAGAUCUUCCUUAUGGACUCGAGUAUCUGUAUAACGUGAAAAAACUGACUAUCGAGCAACAAGUUGAAGCUUUUGAGACUUACUCUGGCUUCGAAACAGCUAAUCAAUACAAGGCAAGUGUUUUUAUUCACGACUUAUAA